UUCCCUCUCCAUGUUGCCGGGGGAAGGAUGAGACUGUGACUCUCGUCCGUCCUUGAUUGGUGUCCCCCGGUGUCCUUGGGAAAGCGGAACGAUGGGUCUAAUACCGGACGAGGCUCGGGUCCUUCCACCCCCCUCCUUAUGCAACAGAGGCGCCAUCCAGCUCGGUAUCAUCGGCUACGCAAGCUCUGUGCUACACAACGCCUACAACCAGUACCCGGCCUUCCGAACGGGUGUGCACAGGCACCUACUCUUCACCACUGUUGGCAUUUUCCUCGGGUAUCACUUGACCAAAUUUGAGAACUACAGGAACGCCAAGAAGGAUCGGGAGUUGUUUGACUACAUGAAGAGGCACCCGGAGCUCUUCGCCCAUAAAGAACCUCGGAGAAUAGGCGCGAUCACAGAGGAGUUCCAGCCAGUGCGCUGAUACAGCUCCUCCUUUCCGGGACGUCCAGACAAAGAUUGUUUUCUGUUGUAAAAGCGAUGACUGUCCUCCAGUGAUUUAGUGAAACCCAUUCUGUAACCUUCUACAAUUAAAUAUUAUUUGACUUCUU